AUGAAGUGGAAUAAGGAGAUCUUUGGUUUGUUAGAUUUAGAGGUCAAUAGCACCAUUAAUACUCUUAAUAAUUUGGAUUCGAUGGUGGCUGCGGUAGAGGGAAGAGUUAAUGCGGACAUAGCUGCUGCCAGAAUCGUUGCAUCUGAAUCAUUGUGGGAUGCGGUUAUUAACAGGGAGAGUAUUUUGAAACAGAAAUCCAGAUGCAAUUGGAAAUUGGAAGGGGAUACUGACACCAAGUAUUUCUGUAAUGUGAUGAAAGCUAGAAUACUGAGGAAUUCUAUUGUUGGGUUAAGCACGCCUAGAGGAAGUGUGAUUGAGGUGGAAGAGGUGAAAGCGGAGAUUUUAAAUCAUUUUGCCAAUAGGUUUGUGGAGAUUGAGGUUGUGCGUUCGGUGCUUGAUGGUGUUGAAUUCAAUUGUCUUUCAAGUGAGGAUUUGAGUCAUUUGGAAGCCCCGUUUCUUUUCGAGGAGGUUAAAGAAAUAGUUUGGCUUGGAGAUUGCGAGAAAAGCCCGGGGCUUGAUGGGUUUCCUUUGGGUUUUUUGAAAAAGUGCUGGAACUUUGUCUCUCAUGAUGUCAUGAAGUUUGUCCAAAACUUACAUGCUAAGAGAAAAUUGCCCAAGGCAAUUCCGAUAUCGUUCUUGGCGCUAAUUCCAAAAAAUGAUAGUCCUCAAAAGGUUGAAGAUUACAGGCUUAUUUGUCUUAUAGGUUGUUUGUAUCGUUUGUUGUCUAAAUUACUGGAUGGUAGACUAAAGAAGGUGAUUGGAAAGCUUGUUUCUUUGAAUCAAUUCGCAUUCAUUGAAGGGAGACAGAUGAUAAAUGAUGUGCUUGUCUUGAAUGAGGUUGCUGAUUUUGCUAAAAUAAAUAGGAGGAAUAAGUGGUGCCUUUGGAUGGAAGCUUUGGUUUUUUCUAGCAUGAUAUCUAUGCUUGUUAAUGGAAGUUCGACUGCAAAAUUUGUUGCGUCUAGAGGUCUUCGGCAAGGUGAUCCGAUGUCCCAGUUUCUGUUCCUUUUAGUAGCGGAGGAUUUGGCGGGUUUGAUGCAGAAUGCUGCAGAGUAUGGAGGUUUUUGGGGUUUUCAUUUCAACGAGCAUAUUCACUUCGAGUUACUGCAAUUUGCGGACAAUGCAAAUGUUUUAUGUGAUGGGAGUAUGGAUAAUUUGUGGUGUAUCAAGGCAGUUUUGAGGGGCUUUGAGCUAGUUUCUGGGUUGUGCAUCAACAUCAACAAAAGCAAGAUCUACGACAUCAAUAUUGGGACUGAUUUCUUGGCUGCAGCUGCAAAUUUUCUACCGUGUGAAAUUGGCAGUAUGCCUUUUGUCUUCCUUGGCUUACCUGUAGGCGCUAAUCAUAGGAGAAAGACUACUUGGAAACCAAUUUUCACCAAGUUAUCUAGAAAGCUUGCAGCUUGGCAGGGCAAACAUCUUUCCCUUGGAGAGCCUAGAGUGGUUUGGGAGGAGAUAAUCAAAAUCCAAAGGACAAUCUUGUGGGAAAGACGGAUGACAAAAGAGGAAUGUGUUAGGUUCGUUGGGAUAAGAUACGGUGAUGGGUUGACUUACAUUCAUGACGAGAUUCCGGAAAAUAAAGUGAAAAAAUAUUCUUUGUGGUGGCGAUAUGUGCGAGUUGUUUAUAAACUUGAUACAUUGUGGUUUUUAAACUCUAUUUCAUGCAAGCUUGGCGCGGGGGAUAAAUUCAGUUUUUGGAACCACCAUUGGGUUGGUAAUUUCACUUUGAAAAGUUUGUUCCCUAAUCUGUUUUCUAAUUCUGUGAUAAAACAUUUUCUCGUGGCGGAAAGUGGCCAGUUGGAGAAUGGUGUGUGGGAGUGGGAGUUUGGGGUGAUGGAGAAUACAGAUAAUUCUCUGGAGUUGUUGAGUUUGUGUAACGUGUUGGCUGAUGUUGAUUUGAACCAUAAUAGUAGCGAUGAGGUAUUGUGGGGAAGUGAUAAUGAAGAUUUUUUGGUGAAGAGUGCCUAUCAGAGACUUUAUCUAGCUGCAAAAGGGGAUGUCUUGCUGGAUGCUAUUAACUUCCAGGUUAUUCAUAAUAUAUGGAAGGCGAAGGUUCCUAGGAAAAUCAAGAUUUUUGGGUGGCGGUAUAUCCUGAAUAGUCUUCCUAUGAGAGAAGAGUUAUGGCAGAGAGGCGUUAUCAUCGACAUGGUGCACAUAUCUUGUGUGGACGGCGGUUCUAGGGUGGCUUUUAGUGGAGGAAACAAUGUACGGGCUCGGCGAUUCGGAGUUGUUGUGUUAGAUCGUAUUUGUGAUUGUUUGGAGUCUUGUGUUCGUCUACCGUUUGUGGUGUUUUUUUGGCUUCUCAUUACUUGGAGUAUUUGGAGAGCUAGAAAUGAUUUGGUUUUUUCUAAUAAGGUUUGGGAUGUUAGGGGGCUGGUGAUGGGUAUAAAAUUUAUGGGUUGUGAUUGGUAUUCAAUCAUUGUCAAUAGAGGUAUAGAAAUUGAUGGUGAUGUCUGGUUUACUAAUCCGUUGAAUUUGGUGGGGAUUUAG